UAAAAUCUUUGGUCACUCCUCCCUUCAUCUCUCUUUCUCUCCCUCUCUCUAAAAAGAUAUAUAUUUAGAAAAGCAGAGUAAAAAGGGCAAAGGAUGGCUUCAUUGAGGAAACCGAACGGCAACGGAGACGGAGACGACAGGCCUGGUAACCGGAAGAGAAAAACCCCCACUGACGACAACGUCAAGGAUUACUUUGAUUUCGAGGAGAGCAACCAAGGCGAGAUAAAGGUGAAGACAGACACCGGUGAGAUCAUCUAUGUUCAAGUCAAAGGCUCAGACACCAUUGGCCGCAUCAAACUCAAGAUCCACGAUAAGCAAAAUAUCCCCUUUGACCAGCAGGAACUGGUAUUCAACCAAAAGGUUCUUGAGAACAAUAAUACUCUUGCGAACUUUCCCAUCAAGAAUCAAUCCACCCUAACACUUAUGCGUAAAGUAGACGAAUUAAUGGAAGUGUUUGUGAAUACCUUCACCAGUAAGACCAUCUCUUUGUUGGUCAAACCCACCUAUACCAUCACCAAAGUGAAAACGGAGAUCGAGCAUAAGGAAGGUGUUCUUGUUGACGAGCAGGUGUUGAUCUUCGACAAAAUGGUUCUUGGGGACGGCGGUACCCUUUUCGAUUUCCACAUCAACAAGAAAUCGACCCUCACACUCAUGCGUAAAUCAAAGGGAGACACGGUGACACUAAUUACUAUUUCCGUCAAGACCCUCAUUGGAGAUCAGACCAUUACUCUGAAAGCCAAACCCUCAGACACCAUUAAGGACAUAAAAACCAAGAUCAAGUAUAAGUUGCAUAUUCCACAUGACGAGUAGGAGUUGAUCUUCAACGAAAUGGUUCUCCAUGACAAGGAUAUCCUUGCUGACUGUAACAUCAACAAUGAAUCCAUACUCACACUUAUGCGUAUAUCAACGGGAUAUAAGCAUAUUUACAUCAGGAAAGACCCUUACUUUGAAAGUCAAACCUUCUGACACCAUAUACAAUGUGAAAUCCAUGAUCCAAAAUAUGGUAGGUAUUCCGCCUUGCGAGCAGAGACUCGUCUUCAACGGAAAGCCACUCGAGGAUAGCCCAACCCUUGCUAACUACCACAUCCCCAAGGAAUCAACUUUCCAUCUUGUUCCAAUAUUAAAUGGAGGGGAGUUGACAGUUGAUUGGAAUAAAUUAUCCUAUUUAUCCAAAAAUUAAAAGAUGAGGGAAGAUGGUGUGGGAUUAGAGCAGCAUAUCUUAGGAUCCAUAAAUUAUUAUAGUGCCUUGUGCCAAGUACUUGUCUUUUGUAAACUUGUUGUAUGCAAGUGUUCUAGUUAACUGGAAGCCUAUCCCUCUACAAUGUUGUCCGCAUGUAUUUUUAUUGGUAGCUUUCUGUUACUGUAUAUUUAGUUUCGUUUGUUUGUUUGUUUGUCUA